GAAGUGAAUGUUGCGCGUGGGGAUUCCCCGAGGGAAGUUCCCAGCUCAUUGUAAAACAUGCAGAAUAUACAUUUGUACAAAAUACUUCAUUUCCUCUUGUUAAACGCCAAAAUAAACUGCUAGUAGCGUCGCGAUGUCCAAACUGCGCACAACUUUAAUUCUUUGGACUGUUACCGAGUGAAGGGUGUUUGUGUCUGCCUGGGACUGGAGCCCGGCACCGGCCCAUCCGGAAUGUUACUGAAGGCCACGGGAUGGACAGGAACAUCAGUGACCAGCUCAACAAAGCCUUCGAAGCGUACCGCAAUGCAUCUAUUGAAAAAGAUCUUGCCAAAAAGGAACUUCAGCAUAAGACGGAGCAGUUUCAGCGUCACACUCAGCAGUUGGAGAAAAAGAUAGAAGAACAAGAAAAGCUAAUUUCUCAUCUGAAAACUCAACUCGGUUUACUUCACAAACACACCUCAGGAGAGUUGAAACUCUGCGAAUCUGCAUACAGAAAACAGGAAGCAGAGAUCUCGGCACCUAACGAUCAGCACCCUGACAACCAGUCCACUUUCCACAGGACAAAUCAUUUCCUGAUAAGUGAUCCCACAGACCGUCCUGGUACGCUUUCCCAUUCAAUACCUGCUGCUUGUGGAGUAAAGAGCGAGGACGUUUUGGGCGCUCUGCAGGAAAUCCAGGGGACUUUCCAGAUCAUUCAAACGUUAGCGAGAAGACAAAAAGAUCACCUGAAGAGAAUACACAGCGGAAAGGAAACCACAAAUGAACAGUUCUCCAUGCCCAUCCAGUGCACCGAUGACACAGCGGAACAGGCCGAGGUGCCUUUUCCCCCAGGAUUGAGGCCAGAGGUCAACAAAGCCUCCGCACCCCUCGCGUCACGUGGUGCUGGUCCAGACGGCGCCCUUUUGGAUUCCCUAAGAGGCCUGAGUGUCAAGUUUCCCCCGAGCCCAGACGCCGAGUACGAUUUUCUGAACAGUACCCCGGAUAAACGUGUGGAGUUGCCCGUGCUCAGGCCAGACCUGGAAGAUCACAUACACCCGAUGAGGGAGGAGUCUUAUUCUUCAUAUCCCACCCCCUCUCCGUCCACUCACACGUCUGCAGCUUCAGCAUCGCUUGAAAGUGUACGAGGACCCCAACAGCUUAUUUGGACUCCAGACCUCCCGGACGCGUCCGGCCAGGCGUCGGGGACAGACGCUCAGCAGAUGAACAGCCGAAAGAAGUGUGCCUUUUGUGAGGAUGAUGUACCCCCAAAUGACAUGUAUAGCCACCUCAAUUCACACUUUAAGAACAAAGCUGACAAAUGACCCGUGCGGUCGAGGACUGAAAUGGCCUUUAUUCUUGGCUUUUGUUGAGUAGCGUUCUGCCCGUCAGAACAUAUUUUCUCACAUACUUUAGUGUUUUAUUUAAUUAGAAGAACUUGAUUUAGGAUGGUUUAUUUCUUUAUUAAUCUUUUUAGUAAGAGGCAUUCCCAUGACUGCCAGUUUACUGUACAAAAGCUUUCUUUUAAGGUAAUUUAAUAUGAUAUGGCGAUCUAAAGGACAUUUGCAUCUCUGAGAAACUUUUUUCUUUUUAUACUCGUGUCAUUAUUUGUAAUAGCUCUUUGUGAUGCUUUAAUCUAAAUCGAUCGGAAGUUUAAAUAUCUGGCCAUUCUUACCUUUAAAUAUCACAGACAGUCUUUGCUCUGAAUAUCUUAAAUUAAAAAACAAAACGUGAAUUUUUUGAGUAAUUCUUACAAAUGUCAAUGUAUCGAUACUUACAAAGUAUCGAUAGUCAAAUAUGAAUCUGCCAAACUAUUUAACAAUUAUGAAAGUUUCAACUAUAACCACUGAACUAUUGUUACUUAUUUCACGUCCAUCACUUGAAUUUAUGGGACGUGCAGCAGAAUUUUAAUUUAUAGGCCCAAUGAAAGGGUCAAACCCUAGGGCAGUGGUUCUCAAUCUGGGGGUGUGUUUUUAUAAAAUACAUGACUUUAUCAUAAAUUCUAUGUAAUUAAACCUCAGAAAAAUAAGGCUACUACCCAGCAGCACUACAUUGUGUAAUUAAAAUGUUUUGUUUAAUUCAAAUUGUAAGUUUUAAAAUGUUUUAUGUCAUAACUUUCAUUUGGGGGCCACGACGAAGCAAUGCACCAUACAACAUACAGAGGGGGGUGCACACCUAAAAAGUUUGAGAACCACUGUCCUAGAAGAUAAUAUUUUUAUUGUUUAUCCAAAAUCUGUUUUGUAUAAAGUGCUUAUUUCAUUUGUAGAUACCACUAUUGCAUCUGACUGUCAGGUGGACCCCAGUCUGUAUACAAAUAUACAAUUUUUAUAUGCCUAUU